UACCUCGCCUCCGUCGGCAGUGGCUGCCCCGCUUUAUUGACUGACGGUGUACUCAAGCGCUGCUACACGUUUCGACACCUGCUACUCUGCUGAUGCCACUAAAGCGAUAAUUACACACGAGACGGACAAAUUAUACGGUGUGUUCCGAAAGAGCGGCACGCGCGCGGUGUGGUGGGUGAGAGUGAGAGUGGACGCUUCAACCCCCGAUGGACGGUGGAUGCUGCGGCGGAGAACGUUGAUGUGACCAUUGAUGCACCCCGGCCCAUCACGGGACGCCGCCGCCGCCGACCAGCCCAUGGACGGCGAGUGCGUCGAAAUGGACCUCAGCACCCGCCCCCGCGACCCCGCCGCGCAGGACAACGCCUGCAAAAUGCGGGUGGCCAAAUCGGUCUUCUCCAUCCGCAGCCUCGUGGACCUGGGGGACGCGGGGGAGGCGGCGGAGAACGGCGACGGGAAAGAACCUGUUGCGUCUGAGAGGAACCCUGAAGUCAUGGGAGUCUCCGAGGAGGUCACGCCGAAUGCCGGAAUCGAGCCGAGGCCUCCAGGGCCGGACAAUAGCGAUGGAAGCGAUCCAGAACCGGACGAGUUCGCGCCCAAGAGGAAGCAGAGGAGGUACAGGACGACCUUUACGAGCUACCAGCUCGAGGAGCUGGAGAAGGCCUUCUCGAGGACGCAUUAUCCGGACGUGUUCACCAGAGAGGAGCUGGCGAUGAAGAUAGGAUUAACCGAGGCUAGGAUACAGGUCUGGUUCCAGAAUAGGAGGGCCAAGUGGCGCAAGCAGGAGAAGGUAGGCCCGCAAGGGCACCCCUACAACCCCUACCUGGCCCCCGGCACUGGUGGGCCGGCCCCGUCGGUGGUGGCGCCCUCCCUGCCCAACCCCUUCAACUUGCCCUUCGGUCUGCGCAAGCCCUUCGAUUCCCUUACCUUCCGCUACCCGCCGCACGUGCUCCCCAGCUACCUGCCCUCGCCCCCGGGAUACCACCGUGGGGCGCCCUCGCUCCUGCCGCCGUCCGUCAGUCUCUACCCCUCGGCCAGCUCCUUCCAGACUCUGUUGGCCAACAUCUCGGCGGCGCAGAGGCCCAAGCUCCCGGCGCAGGAGUUCACGGCUUCGCCGCCCCUUUCUCCGGGGGCCUCCACCGCCGUCACACCGCCGGACGUGGACAGGAGGAGUUCCAGCAUCGCGUCCCUGAGGCUCAAAGCCAGGGAGCACGAAAUGAGAUUGGAGAUGCUGAGGCAGAACGGGGAUCUGAUUAGUUGAGGUGGAGGGGGGUAGUGAUAUUGAGCCAUUUUUCGCUGAGUAUUAAUGAACCGGCAUUCGAUACGUACUUGUAAAUAGUUUUAUUUUUAUGAUUAUUUUGUUGUAAAGUGAAGUUUGUAACGCUAGAUUGUACUAAGAGUAAGGUUUUUUUUGAUUAAGUAGAUAGUAUUUAUUGAAAUCUAAUGUGAGAUGACGUAACGAAUCCGUCCAUGUAUUGUACGUACUUAAAAAAAAGCAAUAAAAUAUU